CACCUCCACCGAUUAAUCAAGGAGCUGCUGCUGCACUUACAAAAGGGGUUGCUGUUCCCGCACUAGCGACACAAAUACCUACUGCUGCUACACAACCUAUACAAGUACAAAUUCCUUUUCAGAAUCCCAUAAUUAUUUGGUAUUUUUAG